AUUCACUUGCAAGGGAGGGGGGCAAGUCUUGGCCACCAACACAUAUCACAACCCAUCACACAUCACCACAUUACCCACAUUCACAAGCAACGCAUCGCCCUUCAAGGCCGCAUCCAGUCACAUCCUCGUCACCAGCAGCACCCAUCCAUCACAUUAUAACCAGCGCCAGCCGCUGAAUUGGAGCAACACCGGCACCAUUCAGACGCGUCUUGGCGCUUCAACUCCACCGUGCUCCAAGCCCCGCGUUGCCCGUCUCCAGCCGCCGCCAUGCCUACAGUCAUAACCAACUCGCAUUCGACACGAUCGUACGCUCCGCUGGCAGACGAGAACAGCCCCGUUGCAUCACCAACCGUGUCGAUCAAUGGCACAGUCGUCUACUCGAAGCGCCUAACACCACCAGGGUCAUCGUCAAACUCGGAAGAUGACCACAAGAAUGGCUCGAGCUUGAUGGACAGCGACGAGACGUUAGCAGGGGCGCGUCGAAACAAGUCGCGCGGACACUUUGCGGUCGAGGACGACGACUCGGGCAGCCUCAAGGGCAAGAACAGAGCUUGGGGAGAGCGCGCAACCGACUAUGUCGAGGACGACGCAGCCUACCCGCCAGUUAACGCGCUCGAGGAAGAGGAGAAGCGCGUGCAAGCGAACCUGGCCAAAUUCGCAGCACGAGAGACUGCUCGGCGAAAGGCGGCGCGGACGUCACGCUUUCUGCCUUCCCAUGUCGACUCGCCCCCACCGUCGGCAAGCUCGUCCACCUCGUCCCUAUCGGCUACACAGCGACUGUCUGUCAUCGGCGAGUCGGUGAGGAGGACGGUUGUCGGUGGCAAGGCAAAAGGCGUCCCAGAAGGCACAGAGCUUUCGUCCGCCUUGUCGUCAUCAAACGCACAGACAUACACAAACCCUUACGACAGUCAAAACCAGUCGCCGUCCGACUCGCCAACAUCGCCCACGAUGCACGGCUCGAGCCCGUUCGCCGACCCUCCAACGGCCAACGGACACCAGGCGGCGCGCACCGCUGGCUCGUCGAACAGAGACGGCGAUUUUGGAUACGUUGGCUCCGAGUGGCGCGGCGGCGAGGCUGCGACGAAUGCCCCUCCUCGACAGGAGCGAUGGUGGCACUCGAUCUGCUCGUGGGGAAACGACCUCGACGGCGGGCAUGACAAGAGCAAGCAGGCUGGGCGGACCAACCCCUUCGAGUGAGGAGGCUGCCAUUUGGAGCUGCAGCUCGGAGUGCUGCCACUCGCUCUUCUCGGACAAGGUAGAGUUGUACACGGAUAGGGAUAGGGCUAGAGCAUAGUCGACUGGUGCAUACAAGGUAUUGCAUUGACAUGACCGUGAUGUGAUAUAUCAUGGGC